CUAUUACAUAACAUCAUGUUUCGGCGUUGGCAAAAGGAGGCGACUGGCAAAUACCGGACGCUUGAAUCUUUUAAUACGUUCUUAAACCGUUUGUCGACAAAUAAGUUUGAAGAGGCGUUGAAUGUGUGCGACGCUGCCGAUCUGUACUCAGUUUUGAGCGUCCUCCACAGCAAGAGCCGUGACCCUCAGCUGCAAGCCAACCAGUCUCCUGGCUUCUACUAUUUCCUCGCGAAUGCGGAACAUCCUGAGGAAGCUGAUGAUUCAAGAGCUGUAGCUGACGGCGCCGCCGCACGCGAUUUGAGAACGGUAGCUUGCGGUCGUGUGCGCAGGGAAGCCGUGGUGCCCAUCAGCAGUAAAAGCACAAAGCUGACCAUGGGCUUGCUAUCCAAACUUUUCCAGCUUGACGCUCAUCCAAACGCGUCGCAUAUUCUCCUGGGCAUUGUCGAUGACGAUGGGUCAGUUUCUCUGGUCCGGGUCUUCAACUACCUACAACCGCCCUUUGAGGGCCCUGAGGCCCUACCGCCACUUGAGCCAGAGGAGGGCGGUGUGGGUGGUGAAAGCGACGAUGACUGAUGGUCCUGCUGCUAUCUAAUCGGCAGACCUUGAGGAGCUUGACGCUGUAGGGGCUGCGCGGUCCACGAAGCGCACCUAGGUUUUGAGGCCACACAAGCAUUCAACGAUGGCCGUUAAUGGCUGCUCUACCUAAUGCAGUGGUAUAUAUGCCGGACAUGGCGCAUGCAGCUGAAACACAAUCCCUGGCCGUCUGUCGGGAUUGCAAACAAGACACUUCGUCGUCCCCACGUUCUGCUCGGAAGAUUACACCUGAUACGAACCGAUCGCGUUUGCUUAUAUUUAGAUUAUCAGGGUGUCAAUGAACGGGUGGGUGUGCCUGAUUAUGAACGGAUGGAAGAUGCUUGUGAAGUGUUCAGGUGAUCCUAAACGUUCGCAAUAUAACAAUUUUGAGGCUCGUAUGGGAUGAGGAAAUGUCGGAAUUGUGUAGGAUUUUGUUGAUAUUUUUAUACCAUUAACACGGCUGUAAUCUGACUGAUAACUGUCCCACAAUCCAAAGUUUCUCUUACUCCUGAUCUCGGCUCAUGCAUAUGUA